AUGACUUACGAUUGUAUGAAUUGUUUCGAUGGAUGUAAUCACGAGACUGGCUAUUGUACCGGAAGUUGCACGUACGAGUUUUAUGGAUUCGAUUGUAAUUCGACCUGUCCACAAAACUGUGAUAUGACAGGAUGUCACAGAGAAAGUGGCGAAUGUAGAAAUUGUAUAAGUUCAUAUUAUGGUGUUAACUGUACGGAAACCUGCACGGGACGAUGUCACUCACGAUGCAAUCUAAAUGGAUUGUGCAGUGACAAUUGUAAGGGCGGACAUUCAAACUGUGAUAGUACCACUGGAGUAUGUUUAGACGGAUGUAAGUCGGGAUAUUACGGGAAACAUUGUGUUGAUAAAUGCAGCAGCUAUUGUACCGGAAAUGAAUCUGUUUGUGAUUCCGCAACAGGUGUAUGUCCAUAUGGAUGUGAACCUGAUUGGUAUUAUUCCACAUGCAAAUAUGGAUGUUCACUUAUAACGCCACACUGUUUGAAGUGUACCCAGUAUAAGGAUAAACGUAAUUUAGAAUUUGCCAAUUGCAAUACAUGUGGAUACGGGUUUUACAAACCCACACUUGAAGACUUGUGUGCACCUUGUGAAAAUUGUUUGAAUGACAACUGUAAUGGUAGUACAGGAGAUUGUCUUGAAGGUUGUACGCCAGGAUGGUAUAAACAUCCUUACGGUUACGAUAUAUGCGAUCAAAAAUGUGAAACUAGCUGUAUUGAUGGCUGUGACCCAACCAAUGGAACAUGUAUACAUGGAUGCAAAGACGGUUUCUAUGGUGACAUUUGUAUUUUUACCUGUUCAAGGAAUUGUUUAAACAAAACUUGUGAUCAGUUUUCUGGUAGCUGCAUUACAUGUAAACCUGGAAAGUAUGGUUUUUAUUGCUAUAAUUCUUGUGUCAACUGUCUUAGAGGACUAUGCGAUCGGACAACAGGCAUAUGUGAAGAUGGUUGCAAUGAUGGUUAUUUUGGUGAAAAAUGUUCUCAGUCUUGUAGUCAAUGUUUGGGUGAAAAUUGUAAUAGUCAAGGUGUGUGUAUGUCUGGUUGUGCGCCUGGAAAAUACGGAAGUUACUGCAAUGAAUCCUGUGUUGAUAGUUGUUUGAUAUGUCAUCCCGUGACUGGCCAAUGCCUUCAUGUAUCACCUGCAUGUAAUAUCACACAAUGCAACAUGAAUUUCAUGAACUCUAUUUGUCCGCCUUCAAGAUUUGGGUUUAAUUGCCAUCAAACGUGUAGUACAACAUGUACAAAUAGUUCUUCGAGUGGAUAUAUAUGUGAAAAGUGUACCGGCUCUUGUAUAGACACAUGCGCAUCUGGUCAAUUUGGACAAUUUUGUAAUGAAUCGUGUGGUAAAUGUGCUUCAGAGGAUAACACGUUGACGUCUUGUAAUCCAAAUGACGGACACUGUUUUAAGUGUAUUAAAGGUUAAUAUGGGAAACAAUGUAAUCAGAAGUGCAGUGAAUCGUGCUUAAAAGAAGAAUGUAAAGGUAAUGGUAUGU